AGCGUAAGUCUCGCGUUCCGUUCGUUCGAUUUUUUUUUGUAAAUCAAUAAAAGGCAACCAAAAGCCACCACGCACAGUUUCACUUGUGUCGCCUCUCGCCCGGUUUUAGGCUACUUUGCAAUCGAUUACAACUGACUAACUAAAAAAAUAAAGGAAGGAAAAUGGCAUACAAUUUCUUUCGCACUGCAUUUUAUGCAACUGCAGGAAAAAAAUCAAUAAGUUUACCAUUUGCUGCCGGUCGAACAGCCGCUACUUUAGCCGUGGGCCUAUCCUUUGGCGCGCAAAAUAGUCGAAGUGCAGCUGUUCCCUAUGAGAAUGCAUUUGCGGAUAGUUUCUUUGGUAAGGGGCAGAUGAUGCAGGAGGGUCUUCUUCGGCCAGCUGAAUAUCGGGAAUUGCAGCGACCCAUUUACCGUAAUUUCUCAAGCCUGCAAACUCCCAUCACCAAGGUGGUGACCCCGACGCAACAAAGCGCCAUGGCUCCAGGACAGAAUCGUCGCAAUAUAUCCUCCAAGGAUAUUACCAAAAAUAUGACACUCUACACGACGCACAAGGGCGACAUUGAAAUAGAUCCCAAGACAUUGGCCUUUAAGAAGCCAACGGGUAAUCCUUUGGUUCUCAUGAUGGCCUGGCUAAUGGCCAAGCAGAAGCAUUUGAAGAAAUAUGCUCAGAUCUAUACAGAAUUGGGUUUCGAUGUGGUGGUUGUCCAUAUUACACCUUGGCAAUUGUUGUGGCCCACCAAAGGAACGCAGGUUGUGGCCGCCGAGACAUUGAAAUUCCUGGAGAACAACAAGGCUUAUGAGCCAAUUGUGAUGCAUGGCUUCUCGGUGGGUGCCUAUCAAUUGGGCGAGAUAAUGUUGCAGAUGUCACGGGAUAUGGAACGUUACGGCAGCAUAUUGGAUCGUUUCGUAUGCCAGAUAUGGGAUAGUGCUGCCGAUAUUACGGAAAUACCGGUGGGUCUGCCCAAAUCGAUAUUUCCCAAGAACGCCCGGAUGCAGAGUGCAUUGAGAAAUUAUACGCUAUACCAUAUGAAGACAUUCCAUAAUCAGGCGACCAUUCAUUACAUGAGAUCGAGUCAAAUGUUCCACUCGACUCUAUUAAAGUCGCCGGCCCUGUUCUUUGUCUCCAAGAACGACCCGAUUGGUCCGCCAUCGUCGAAUCAUGCGGUCCGCGAGAAUUGGGAGAGAGCCGACAUUACGGUCACUUUCAAGUGUUGGGAUCAUUCGCAACAUGCUGCCCACUUCAUGAAACAUCGGGAUGAGUAUCUCCAGAUCUUGUUCCAGCAUCUGGAGACAUCGGGGGUACUCGAGGCCAUCGGAGUGCCAAAGAGGGCCAAAUUGUAAGCGGCGACUACUGUGAGACGGUGAUAUAAAAUGCAACGCGAUUGAUUGAUUUUACUCCCUUUUUAGUUUCUAAGUUUCAAAAGAUUUCAAUUAAUAUUAGCACAUUCAUAUAUACAUAUAUAUACAUAUGUGUCUGCACCGAUUUAUAUAUGUGUGUAUGUGCAUGUAUUUUUGUGUGUAUGUGUUUCCUGAGGCAGAAUCUUGAAGCGAAAGCGAAUCUAGACUUAAGCUAUGAAUGUCGAAAGUAAGAGGAAAAUGCUCUAUAUUAUAUAUUGUUAUAUUUGGAGAAUCACUAAAAAAAAACAUUUAAAUAAAUAGUAAUUUAACGAAUAAUAAAAAAAAAUACUAAAAGCGAACGCUGUCAUUUUAAAAUAUGUCCAUUUCGGACGAGACUUUUGAAAGCAAUUAAUAUUAAUAUGUUAAAUAAAUCAAACAAAAACAAA